AUGAGUCGAGAUGAGACCCUCUCCGAGAAGAGCACGGCGGUUGGAUUGGCACCAUAUGAAGACGCGCGAGCGCUGGUGCGUUUAAUACAAUGCACGCAGUGCUCGCGCCCCCUUCGCCAACCCGUCACGCUGCCGUGCGGGAAUGCGGUAUGUCGUGCCUGCCUCCCAGAUUUCCAUGAGAGGGCCAACAUCUCCUACCCCGAUGUCCCGGCCAGACGGCGUGGUGUCAUGUGUCCCUUCCCGGACUGUGGGCGAGAACACCCGGCAUCGGACUGCGGUGUGGAUGUGAUAUUAUCCAAGGCGUUGGACUCGAUUGCCGGAAUAAUGGCCGAGCACACCAUGAGCGCCAGCAUGAUCACUACAAUCAUGGAAGAGAUCAGGCUGGACGACACCGAAGCACUAGAUGCGGACUCGGAGAAGCCAAAAAUCAACAAAAGACCUUGGAGCCGACUGGUGGCGACAUAUGAUAUCGCCGCGAAAGGACAAUUGCCCUACGAAUGCGACAUAAAUUACAUCCACAGCACCAGCACCAGCGAUACCGGGCGGGCCAUGGACGCUGCAGUGCUACAAGAAAUCCUCGACUCGAUGCACCGAGAAGUGGAUUGCCAAAUCUGCUACAAUGUCCUACUCGAUCCCGUCACUACCUUCUGCGGCCACACUCUGUGUCGGAAGUGCAUGGCACGUGCUGUCGACCAUUCCCUGCAUUGUCCCAUGUGUCGCAGAUCGCUGGCCAUUCCGCCUGUGCUAUCCCGCCACCCAAGCAACUGUACCCUGAUCAAUCUGCUCAACGCAAUGUAUCCGGAAACGAUGACCUCUCGAGCGGAAGCAGUCGCUACUGAAGAAACAGGAGGCGAAGGCGAGCUAAAUACCCCACUGUUUGUGUGCACACUCGGAUUCCCACAUCAACCCACGCUUUUGCGGGUAUUCGAGCCGCGAUAUCGUCUCAUGAUUCGACGGUGUCUGGAGUCAAACAGAGAAUUCGGCAUGCUCAUGUACAACCGAUACGGCGAGCCCCAAGGCGAUCUGGGGCCAGUGCAUUUCUACCACUACGGAACGAUGCUGUAUGUUACAAACGCGCAGCCGUUCCCAGACGGAACAAGCUUGGUUGAGACCCAGGGCGCAUAUCGCUUCCGCGUCAAGGCACACGACGUGCUCGAUGGAUACUCGAUUGGAUCCGUGGAGCGUGUGGAGGAUGUGUCGUUGGCCGAGGAAGAGCGGUUAGAAGCCGAAGAGACUGCUCUACCACCGGCGGAAGAAGGCGACGUUGCAGGCCACAUCGAUCGAAUGUCAACGCAGGAAUUGCUCGAACUGGGUCAAGAUUUUGUGCGAAGGAUGCAGGGCCGAAGUGCGAUCUGGCUUCGACAACGGGUCCUCGAUAUUUAUGGUCAGCCGCCGGACGAUGCUGCCCUCUUUCCCUACUGGUUCGCAAGUGUGCUUCCCAUCAGCGACGAAGAAAAGUACAAAUUGCUCCCCACGCGGACAGUGCGAGAGCGAUUGAAGAUUACGGCGAGCUGGAUUCGCCGGAUUGAGUCACAACGAUGGUAA